GUGUUCAGUGCUGUGGUUUAAAGUGAAUUUCAAUUUUUAUUAAAAACUUGUGAUAUUUACGUUAAAAAAAGGAAAUGUAUGAACCAGAUAAAGAAUUCACACCUGUGUCCAGCGAUAAAACACUUGCGGCAUUCAUCGAUGAGAGCAAAUCCCGACUAAGAAAAAUUUUUAAACGUCUUGAAUGGGAUUUUGAACCGGAUAAUGGCAGGGAUACUGCUUUGAGGAAUCAAACACAAAACGACUUACAACUGGAAAUUGACUUCGAACCGCACUUUCCUCCAAGCUGUGCUUCUGACAAUUUCAAAAUUACCGACGUUGAGGAGUUGCGGAAAGUUUUGGGCGUUCCUGAUAAAGAUGUUCCUAACAAGUUUUCGGACUUGCAGUUAAAUUUUUCACGGACGCAAAAACUAUCUCUAUACGAACAUGUUAUAGCAAACACCAAGAAAUAUACAGAGCCAGAAAUAUCGGUGCAAUCCCUAGGUGGGGGUUCUUUCACAUUCGCUGAAAUUGUGGCACAAAAGAAGCGAGAGACCAAAAAACGUCGUCGGUAUCGGCGAAGUAAGCCAACACAUAUUGAAGAAGUUCGCGCUGUUGUAGAUCUGCAAAUGCAAUCUUUACAGCAAUAUCUCAAAGAUAAGAAGUCGGAGGAGCGUAUGAACCAGUUGAUUAUAAAUGAAAAAUAUAAAACGAGAAGUGAUAGAGAUGGUAAAUCCAUAAGCGAAAGCAGUGGUAGAAUUCACACACCCGUAAUAAUUCGCAAUAAACACCGAAGCAGAAGUAGAAGCAAAAGUUAUGAACGCAAAAGUCAUAAGAAAAAUAGAUAUAGAAGCCGUAGUAGGAGCAAUCAUCACAAGAGCAAGAAAUCUCGAAGAGAUCUUAGCAGCAGUAAAAGCAGAAAACAUCGGAACAGAAGCAGAAGCAAGAGUGAAAGAAAAAUUUAUAAACGGCACAGUAGAAGUCGCAGCCCGCUCCACAGAAGCAAUACAAAUAGAAAUAAACACCAUUACCGCCAAAGGGAAUAGUAUGGAAAUUAUAAGGUAUGAAAAAUUUAUAAUUUUUAUAUGUGAAUUAAAACUAAAUUGACUGUUGAGUUAAA